AUGUGCAGGUGGAUCUUUUUGGGCAACCUUGCAAGUCCUGCCCAGGCUUCUGGCCACUCACGUCCCGACGCUCAAGGUUUUUUGCUGGCGGCCCUCGGGGACCCAGGCUCGCCAGGCGGUCAGGGGUUGCCUCUUCGCGGCUUAGCGGCAGACACCCUGGGCAAUGCAGAUGAUUGUUUCCUGCAAGGUACCAGAUUCGCCAUGCAAGGGUCGACUAUGCGCUCUCAAAGGUCGCCUGCAAUCCUACAGCCAGCUUUGCAACCCACCAGGCACGCAAGAGCACAAAUCCAGCAGGGUCCAUGGGAAUGGCACAGCGCGAUGUCUCUCUGCUGUGCUGUCGAUAAUGCAUACCUUAAGGUACUCAUGUCCAAAUACCGUUAA